GGGGCGGGGGGGGGAGAGAGAGAGAGAGAGAGAGAGAGAGAGAGAGAGAGAGAGAGAGAGAGAGAGAGAGAGAGAGAGAGAGAGAGAGAGACUUCUUCUUUCCCUUCAAUAUGACAUUAUGAUUCAUUUUUUAGCAUUCUGCUUUAGUUCUCGUGCAUGUUCAAGCAAGGAUCUUAACACAAUUGUCUUGCCAUCCAUCUCUGCAGUCUUUCUUAGCUUUAAGAUUCUACCAUCCUGCGUGCCACCCGUCUUUCCUCUGCCAUUGUGUGCUUGUGUGUGUGUGUUGAAAUGCACAAUCUUGAAUCUUCUAUCAAGUUAAAAUGAUUGUAAUGUUUUGAUGAAACGUCCUCCUCAUCGUGGUGUGUGUGUGUGUGUGUGUGUGUGUGUGCGUGUGUGUGUGUGUGUGUGUGUGUGUGUGUGCGUGUGUGUGUGUGUGUGUGUGUACCUCUCCCUCUUCAGGCUUGGGGAAGACUGGAUGGCAAGCGCCCGAACAAAUAAUUCACAGGAAGCGGACUCAAGCAGGAGAUAUGUUCACUCUUGGAUGCAUCCUCUUCUUCUGUAUAAGUGGUGGGCGACACCCAUUCGGGGACAAGUACGAGCGAGAUCGAAACAUUAUUGAUGGGGCUCCCAACCUUUGGCCUAUUGGCCACUUGCCAGAAGCAAUGGACCUUAUUGGGGAUCUGCUCCAUCCAGAGCCCUCUGAGAGACCCACGGCAGCUCAGGCGCUGGCACACCCGAUGCUGUGGACGGCCGAAGAGAGGUUGGCAUUCUUGUGCCAUGCAAGCAACAGGAUGGAGAAAGAGAGCUGGGCCAAAGACUCAGAGCUGUUGCACAGUCUUGAGAUGACGUUUCCAGUGACGUUAGACGAUCGACCUUGGAAUGAAAAGCUUGAGGAGGAGUUCGUGCGCAACCUAGUACAGCUCCGAAAGUAUGAUUUUGACAGUGUCCGUGAUCUUUUGCAUGUAAUCAACCACAGGUUUGAAAACUAUCGAGAGCUUCCAAAAGAAGUGAAGUGGAGGAGUGCGCGAGCACUCGAAGCUGUCAUGGACGACUUGGUAGCCGUCCCGGACCAUGGGGUCGCUGAGACCCAGUUGGUCCAGUUGAUUUAUCGUGCCAUGCCAGAGCCCUUGCGAGGGCACUUCUUUGACAAGACCCAACAGCCCAAUAUCACAUAUGACGCGCUGAGUAGGGAAGUGGUCUUGUUCGAGGCAAAGUCCAUGCCAGUUUCCACUUUCUGGCACAAGGACUUGGAUAAAGGCAAAAAGUGGAAAGGCCGUACCAUCUCUGGCCAGGUUAGGGCCAAGGAUCAUUUGAUCCUCACUCUAGAUGAAGGUGGUACAGACGAGGUUCCCUAUAGUCAGAUGGAGUGGGGCCUCGAGGAGGAGGACAGUAGCGUAGGUCAGGGGAGGUCCUAUGCGGCUGUUGCGGCUGGAGGGAGGCCGCAAGGUAGAGAGGAGGAGGCCAGGGCCAAAGGGGCCAGGUCAUGGGAGACCGAGGAUCGGGCGCACAGGGGGUUGGCGGUCAAGGGAACCAUCAAGCGGGAGGUAGGGGUCAAGGUCCCCCGCCGAAUCGUCGAGGUCCCAGUUGGUCCCCACAGCGACGAGGUGGUAGGUCACCUCAAAGGUCAGGAGGUUGGCACCCAUGUCUUGGAGAAGCUCAGAGAGGCUAACUUCAAGAUCAAUGCGAAUAAGUGCGAGUGGGACAAGACACAAGUCUUGUACUUGGACCACGUGUUAGACGGAGAUGGCAUUAAGCCAGAGGACAGCAAGAUAUCGGCGAUUAGAGAUUGGCCGAUGCCCCGCACGUUGACAGAGUUGAGGUCGUUCUUAGGCCUAGCUAACUACUAUAGGAAGUUUGUGAAGAGCUUCUCGACUAUCGUCGCACCCCUCCGCAGGUUGCUCAAGAAAGGGGCAAUCUGGCAGUGGGAUAAGGACUGGACGUCUGCGCUAAAGAAGUUGAAGCGCGCGUUGAUAGAGUACCCUGUCCUCGAAGUAGCAGAUCCGUCUUUGCCAUUUGUCGUCCCCACGGACGCAAGUCAGUAUGGGAUAGGCGCCGUGUUACAGCAGGAUGACGGCAAUGGCUAGAGACCCAUAGAGUUCAUGUCAGCGAGGAUGCCCUCAGAGAAG